UACGAUCUUAGUUACGAUGCGGCUGCUGCUCCUGCCCUGGGCGCUGCUGGCGCUGCUGGGCGGCGGGGGGGCCGGGAUCCCGCCUCACGAGGACGCGGCGCGCGUGGCCCGCUACGUGGUUCACCAGUGCGACUGGGGCGCGCUGGCCACGCUCUCCGCGCGCGAGCCGCUGCGGGGCCGCCCCUUCGCCAACGUCUUCUCGCUGAGCGACGGGCCGCCCGGGCCCCGCGGCAGCGGCGUCCCCUACCUCUACCUCACCGCGCUGGAGGUGUCCGUGCAGGACCUGCAGGUGGAUGCAAAUGCCUCCCUAACAGUGUCUUUGGCACAGACUCCUUAUUGCAAGAAGAAAGGCUAUGAUCCUCAGAAUCCCCUGUGUGCCCACAUUAUCUUCUCUGGGACUGUUGAUAAGGUGAAUGAUACAGAAGCUGUCUUUGCAAAGCUAGCAUUAUUCAGUCGACACCCUGAGAUGGCAAGCUGGCCUCGAGAUCAUAACUGGUUCUUUGCCAAAUUCAACAUCACCAAUAUCUGGGUCCUGGACUACUUUGGUGGACUGAAAACUGUGACUCCACAAGAAUAUUACAAUGUCACACCUUAGUAGAGGAAAAUCCUGGAUAUUAUCGACAUACAAACUAACUUCCCGGCCUUUCGCCAUGCUUUGUUUCAAGAGAGAGUAUCUUCUCAUUCGCUUCUAGAGCUGAGUUAAUACGGGAAAAAAAAAUCACAAAUGCACUCAAUUUUUAAUGAGUUUGCUUUGUGUAUACUCCCACAUGUUUGUAUUCACAUCUCACAAACAUUUGUGUGAUUGAGCCUUUACUGGCAAGAAUGAUCACACAAAUGAAUUUCCAAAUCUCACGUGAGUAUUCCUGUUGAGGAAAAUGUGUUAAUCAGGGCAUAGCCAUAGGUGGGCCACACCCAGGCCUACCCAAAUCUGAGCCAGUGUGAAUGCCCUCCCUCCCCGUUAUAGGGAAUGGAGAAGGAAAUGGAAAGCCUCUGUUCUUCCCUCCUCUCCCUAGCUUUUCUGGAUUGGCUAGUAACGGCCUCCCCCAACAGGGGGAGAGGUGUGGGGGGGCUACUAGUAGGGGGAACACAGCUGCCCUGCAGGGUCAUGUAAAUUCACCUUAUAGACCCCAGGGAUUGGGGAGGGUGGAGUGCUGUGCACCCAGUGGUGGCAGGGAUCAGAGCCAGGUGGCGUCAGCUACAGAAUAGAGGAACAGGCUGCUGCUUCUGCAGUGUGGAGCCCAGCCAAGCUCUCUCAUCAUUGCCCAUCUACCAUAAAUUGGUACCCAGUCAAAUUUCUAUUUCUAGCAGUGCUACUGAUGUUAAUCACAACUAAUCAGCACAGUUUAAAUCAUAUGUCUGAGCACAAACAGUUUUACAAAUAUCAAUCUGUAUGGUUUUAAACAAUUUUAUGUCUAAUAAAUAAGACUAAGGUUUGGUCAUCGGUAUUUAUAGCAAAAGUCAUGGACAAGUCAGGGCCCUGAAUUUUUGUUUGCCUGUGACCUGUCCCUGACUUUUACUAAAAAUACCCCUGAGUAAUUCUUAACUGCUCCUAGGGUGCUUCUGCUCUGGGGGGAUUCAGGGACCAAAGGCUGGCCCCUGCUCUGGCGGUGGGAGCUGACUGCCUCUGGCCACCUGUUGCUCUGAGUCCCCCGGGGACUACUCUCCAAUGGCCUCUGGGGCCAUCCCCGGGGCCACUGCUUGGACGGCCUUGCGGUCAGCCGCACUGGCCGCUGCAGCAGUGGAGGUCAUGGAAUCCAUGACCCCUGUGACAGACUCACAGCCUUACUAAUAAAUAACUCAGGUUAUGAUUUGUUGUGGAUUGUCUGCAUGAAGAAAAGGGCUAAGUUUAUCUAAAACUACUUGAGUAUUAGCUCAGCUCUAUACAUUUCUGUGCCUUAAUUAAAUCAUUUCUGUUUGUGGGCUCUCUAGAAAGAGAGAACUUCUUAAAAUAUCAGUUAUGUUCUGGGUCAUAGUCUUUGGUUACAGUUUACUCUGCCCCAGCUAUGUUCUGCAGUGUGGCCCAGGGCUGAUGACAUCUAGAAUAUGGAAUGGACUAUUUGCAUCAAGAUGGAGUUUGAAUUGCUGGGAACCUGAAGGCUCCAGGAACCUCGAUUGCACAUUAUUGAUGAGUACAGCUGCAGUCUGAAACACUUCCUGUUUAGGUACUUGUAUAGCUCUCAUCAUUGUAAU